UUACUCAACUAAAAUUUAGUUUCCUUUCAUAAUCUCUGGCAGUUCUCAUAAUUAAUAUGGUCAUUUUAUAAGCCCACCACGAAGGUGUCUUUCUUAUCCAAAUUUCUUCGUCCUAUAUAUCUCCUGUAAUUAAAUCUGCUUCCUCUCCGCCCUGAACACAUCUGUUAGUAUUUCUCUGUACCUAUCAUGUAUUCAUCAUCAAACCCAGAAGGUUAUGAUCAGGAGUACUCCGACGAGAAGCAUAUAUUCGCGGAGGACACCACGAAUAGUACUGGUAUUCCAGUCAGCUCCGACAGCCAAGAAUAUGAUGACUCUUCCAGUUCCAGGCCUGCUGUGUUUCGUGUUCAGUCUAGAGUUCGGGGCCCUUGGUCCUCCGGCCUCUGUGACUGUUUCAUGGACAAAAAAACUUGUUGCGUGACCUUCUGGUGCCCCUGCAUUACUUUUGGACAAAUUGCAGAGAUUGUGGAUAAAGGAUCAACAUCUUGUGGAGCGAAUGGAGCUUUGUACGCACUAAUCUGCUGCGUGAUCUGCUGUCCAAGCCUGUACUCAUGCUUUUACAGGUCGAAGAUGAGGCAACAGUACCUGCUGCGGGAGAGACCCUGCGGAGAUUGCUUGGUUCAUUGCUUCUGUGAGCAAUGUGCUUUGUGCCAAGAGCAUCGUGAGCUCAAAACCCGUGGCUUCGACAUGACCAUCGGCUGGCAUGGAAACGUGGAGCAACGUAGUCGCGGGGUCACCGCGGCAAUGAAGGCUCCGGAGAAGGAAGCAGGCAUGAGCCGAUAGCAUGCAUCGAAGAUCUAUGGUUGGAUUUUAAUUUCCUCUUUGAUAAUUCAUAACCACAACUUAGGGCAUGAGUCAUGUGUACUUACUCUACAGAGUUAGGUUUGUUUCGAUCAUGGCAGGGAAUAAUCAUCAUUUCCAACUCUAUUGAGUUCAUGUUUAUUUCAAUAAUAUAUUAAUGGAAAUAAUUUAGCUUUAAAAAAUUAUAUAAAAGUAAAUCUAUAAAUUUAUAUAAUUAGAUAUUAUAUGUCAAAUUGUAUAGUUAUGAUUUCAUGAAACUCACGUCAGUUUGUAAGUUUAUUUUAUAUAAUUUUUUAUAUUUGUAACAAUUUUAGAUGUAUAAAUAAACUUAUAAUUUCAUAAUUUUCAGUAAUAUUGGUUUGUAAGUACAAA